GCUACUCUGUCGCAUCUCGAGGGGCAACACUACGGAUAGGGACAAAGGAGGUCCAGACAUUCGAAAAGUCGACUGUGGCCGAACUAGCGGGUUUCCUGACCCUCUUUUUUAUUUUUAUUUUAUUUUAACCUCACAUGGAAUCCUUUACCGCUGUCAGACUCGCCAGAGUAAUACGGUACAUGCUUCUGCACCACCGGUUGAGCGUCCCGCUACGGGAAUGGCCAAAACUUAAAGAGAGUCCAUCAUGGAAUCGGUGGGCUAGAUGCAUGCCUGUGCUACCAAGAGAGACGCCAGACCAUUGCCAACAGACGGGAGGCGUCCACACUAAGUCUGGCUCUUCCGGACUGAAGUGCGAGUCGUCCAAAGUCUCGACUCUCUCCUCAAAUCGACGGAUGAGGUUCCGCUGCCCUCGCCUACCGCGUCUAAUCCCAAUCCUCCGGAUGCUCCCCUCUUCCCAUGUCACUGGCCCAUUACGCUACCGUGUCGAAAGACCCCUCUCGCCGCCCGCGACGGCUACUUCAUCAGGCCCCGUCGGCCAUUCCCUCGGACCUCUGCUGAUUCUUGUCGGCGCGGGAGGUCUCGAUCCAUCUGCGGGGCGGACACAUGGUCGUCGAUGAGGCGCGACG